AUGAUUCCCAAAAUUCGGUUACGAGGAUACACCGAACAUUCCAACGUAUCCAUCUUAUCAUCACAAGGAGGCUCACAAGGACCAGUGUUCAAGGUCACCAUACGGCUCCCCCAGCAUGUGUUGGAGGAAUUGGAGGAGGAGACAGAACUGUUCAACUACGACUUAGAGCCUCCCAGAACACCCAAGAUACGACCGAAGCCCAGCAUCGCAAGUCACGAAGAUGAUGAGGAUACAAUAUUUGCACGCAGAACCACCCCCAAAAUCCAUCCCAGUAGUCACGAGGACGAGGACGAUGUAAACUAUAAGGAGUUGUUGCGUCUCGACCAGGAGUUGAACAAAGUACUCCAGCAACCCAUCAAAAAAGAGCCAGCCAGCCAAAAGGAGAAAUACCACGGGUACCGUCCAAUUCCCAAGAACAUCAUUCCCCUAAUCGAGAAAGAGCUCGCCCGAUUAAAUCCUGACGAUAGCGACGAAUUGGGCAUUAUCGACAAAAUCGUGUUCUCGUUGAAGGACCCUUUGGCUGCAAGCAAGAUCAGGCUCCCAGUAAAGUCUUCUAAGUGCAUCCAUUUCGAGUGCUUCGACUUUGAGAAUUUCUGUGUGUUCAACAAGAUCCCGAAAGGCAUCCAGAACUUGUUGAAAAAGGACAUAGCCAAGCGUAACUACCAGAAGCUAGCAUUCGAAAAGAGGCGUGGACUCCGCCAAACCACCCGGAACCAAAAUCAAGAUUCUGACGUGGUUAAGAUAAUUCUGAGUCCUAAGAGCUUCCAUCAAAAUGCUCCCAAGUACAAGUGUCCGCUAUGCGAUAGACAAUUUGCAUUACACGAGCUCAUAGUUGACGAUUCGUACAACUACUUCGUCCGGAACACCCCGCAGGAGACAGAAAGAAUUGAAAUAUUGGAUAUGAAGCAGUAUAAGAUCGUGGAUGAGAUGAGGUCCAAGUCUGUCACCGCCGACGAGGAGGUUAUUGUGCUAUCUUCAGACGAAGAUGACAUGGUGCCCACUUACCCGAGACUGUCUACAACUCCUGCUGCGGAAACAACAUUUGAGGAUAGUGAAAACGAGCUUUUCAAUGAUGGCUUAGACGAGGAGUUGCUUAAUCUAGGUAGUAAUGACAAUGCCUACUUUAAGGGGAGUGGAAGCUGGGAAGAUCCAUUAACUUUGGAUUAA